AUGAAGAUUUUGUCGUGGAAUAUCAACGGAAUUCGUGCCGCUCGAAGAGACAAAUCGUUGAAGGAAGUUUUAGACUCUCUUGAAGCUGAUGUUAUUUGUUUGCAAGAAACAAAAGUUACCCGUGAGUAAUAAACUUAAUGAAGGGUUGUUAUGAUUAAUAUCAUUCGGUUGCUUAAGUUGGUUUGUUGGGAAAGUGGAACUUACUUUCAAAUGAUCCACAUUUGAAAUGGGGCUCGCAAAAUUACAGUCAAAGCAGGUCAAGGGAUCCCGUCGCUAACGAACUAAUGAAUUCAUUAACUGUGAAAAAAUGAUUUUGUUUGUUGAUUCAAUAUUCCGUUCAUAAAAUGAAAAAUCCAAUAUUCAUAUUCAGCCUCGAUUCAAUAAUCGAAUGUUCAUCCGAUUGCUGUUUUUUGAAAAUCUACACUCUCCACAAGUCGACAUCAGAAUUUUGUUUUUUCUCUUAUUUUUUAAGAGUCGACCGAGAGUCGAGUGCAGGUUAGUUCUGGAGUUCAAACCCAAACAAACUGUUACAUGUACGCCAUUUUGCUACCAGUAAUCAGUGCAACAGACCUGACCUCUUAGAAAACACGAUGGUCAAACUGAAGUCAGUGUAUCUGCGGUGAUUGGUGGAUUUUGAUCCUUGGCCUUUGUCAGUUUGUAUUUUACUGGCUAAACCCUUAAUAUUUUUUUUUAGGUUCAAAAUAAUUCACAAGUUGAACAAAUGCUGUUCCUAAAAAAAGAGAGUAGUGCGAAAGUAUCUUGCGAUGAAGUUAUAUUAUCUUUGUUUCAUGGAAACAAUGAGCUAACACUUCACUCAGCGAGUCAAAGGAUAUGACAUGUGUCAGCAUCCUUUGUGAGUUGUGAGCCUGCAAACAGUCAUGGGACCUGUGAUUUUACAGCCAACACUUAUCAAUAAGUGUCAUUCCGCAAUGCCUAUGGAUGAUGUCAGUCAAGUAAUUGUUGGUAUUUUCCAGGUGAAAUGCUGGAUGAAGUAACUGCUAUUGUAGAUGGAUACAAUGCCUAUUUUAGCUUCUCCAAAGUUAAAACAGGCUAUUCAGGUGAGGCAUAAGUAAAAGCAUUUCAUUUUGUUGCUCUGCUCAAUUACCAGCAACUUAAAGACCGGGAUUUUUUUUUUUACUUGAAGACACAGUCACUCCUUAAAUGGGUUACUUCAAAGAACCAAACAAUCCACACCCCUCCCCUUCUUCUCCAUCCAAAGUUGCACUUUUAAUUGCCCAAACAGUGGAACAGUUAUUAAGUGGAGGGGGUGGGUGAGGAAAGCUUCAUUUUUGCCUUUUGGAGUCCACAAUUCAAACAUUCAAAACAUCAGAAAGGCUCCUGAGCAUUAAGUGUCUCAACUAAUUUUGUCAAUGGUUUAUAUUCAUUUUUUAUGAAAGUCAUCAGCCAGGAAGGAUUUGACCUGGAGAAAGGCUCGGCCCCAGUAGCAAUAGUGCUAUAAAUACUGCUGAGGGUAAAUAACAGAGGUAUUCUUCUGUUAUCAUUAUUAUUAUCACUCAAUAAUUUUUUUUCUGUUUCUUGCUGUUAAAAAGAGAAAAAAGUUUGUGCAUUGUGCAUUGAUCGAGAGUAAUGAAAGAGUGAUAUGGAUAAUUGAUGGACGAGAUAUUCCACUUUUAACAUGCUCUCUUGAUAUAUUUGCCAAUGGCAUAUUAGUUUGUGUAAGGAUGUUACAAAAAUGAAAAUAAAUUCCUCUCUUUUUAAAGCGCCCCAUCUAGCCUUAGACCCCCAAAAUAAAGAAAUGACCCCAGCAUCUAUUAAAUCAUUUGCAGUACUGAUUAUAGGGAUUGCUGUACACAUGUAUUAAUGUUACAUAACUAAUUCAAUUAUGUUAAAAGGUGUGGCCACAUUUUGCCGUGAUUCAGUGACACCUGUUGCUGCAGAAGAGGGCCUCUCAGCUUCCCUCACUCCACAGCCCUCUAUAGGCUGUUACGGUAGCACCUUUGAGUUCACUUCUGAGGAGUUAGAAGCUUUAGAUGCUGAAGGUCGUGCUGUCCUUACAGAGCAUAGUUUCCCUGAUGGCAAGAAUGUCGUUAUCAUUAAUGUGUAUUGUCCCAGGGCAGACAAAGAGAACAAAGACAGAGUGAACUUUAAGCUUAGAUUUUACAAAUUGCUGCAGGAAAGAGCUGAAGUACUUGUCAAGGAAAGAAGGUAUAUUAUAUUUAUUAAUCAGUUAAAUAAUAAUAAUAUUUAUUAUUUAUAAAUGCUAAUAUUUUUUACCUUGCUUUGCCAUCCCUGGAAGAGCAUUAAUUUUUCAGGACUGUGUUACUGGGUGAACUAAUGAGGUGUCUGGAAUGAAACUUAAAUUGACCCUUAAUAAGUUAACUAACCAAUUCUCCCUCCAAAUUACCUUGCACGAGCCUGUGAAAGAAUAGGUUAGGCCAUACAUGUAGUUGCUUAAUACUUUUAGGUGGAUAAUGCUAUUCACUGUUCAACAGAUCUUUAUCCAGUGGAUUCUGCAAUUAGUUUCUCUGACACUUACCCACUGGAUAGGGGAUUUAUCCAGUGGAUAGCAUUACCCUUUUUCAGCUUUUGACAGCUGGGGAGAGGAAUUAGUUGGAUUUUUUGGCACAUACCUUCUACUAUGUUCAUGCAGGUCUUGACAAAGUCUCGAAAACUUGAAAUCUCAAUUACUUGAAAUCUUGACUUGAGGAGUGGACAAGUUGACAAGCUGACAACUUGCAUGUCCCCUACAGGCCCCUUAUUUAUUUGUUUACCCCCUGUACUACAAGAUUUGCCAGGUGGUGUCGGUCUUUCAUAAUCUUUAUGUUGGUUUGUGUUUAUCAUAGGCAUGUGAUAGUUCUUGGUGACAUAAACACAGCACACAAAAUGAUUGACCACUGUGAUCCUGAUGAAGAGGUAAAAAAUGGUGCUCACUGAAUCAAUAGUUUAUUUUCAGGGAAUUAAAUUUAGAUGUACUGAUCCCAGAUAAUCAAGUACUUUCCGUUUUAAAGGAAUUAUAUAGUACCUGUGACUACAUGUAUCUUGUUUAUUUAUCAUCAUCAUCAUCAUAGCCAUUAUCAUCAUAUAAUCUAAUCACCAUCAUAAUGUGUCUUUAUUUCUAUUGAAAAAUAUGUAUGUAAAAUAAAAACUUUUAUCUUUAUGCCUUGAGUGACAUUGUCAAUUAAUGAAGGUGUGUAUAUGGUUUUGGGUUAAUCCCUCCUUCAAGCCAAUUCUGCUCAACCCAAGAAGCAGGUAGUUGAUCUUACCAUGUGAGUACUGCAACUUUGUAAGAAGAGCAAAUAAUAUCUUGAGAUACAUUGAAAGAUGUUCGUUUACCAGGCUAAAGGGAACAUUUUGUCCUCCCAAGCUCCUUAUUCUGCCAGCUUUAGCGCCUGGUAUUCUUGCUGGGUACACAUGGCAUUAUUGAGGACCGCCUUAACGGCCUUAGUAUGUGUACUGUGGGACCACACAACUUAUUCAGCUUUGAAAUGGUCCAGGUCAAGCACCGAGGUUCAAAGGGUUGUAAAAUUUUUCUCUCCGAUCCACUCCAAUCAAUAAAUUCUUCUACAAAGGUUUUCAAAUGUAAACUUUUUUUUGGUUGUUUUUGUUCUGUUUUUAGGACGCGUUUAACACUCAUCCAGGGCGGCAGUGGUUGAAUCACUUCCUUUUGCCACAUGAUGCUCCAGUUGAACCACCAGCUGGGGAAAAUUCGGACUUACUUCCGGUAACACAAAAGAUGUUUAUCGAUACCUUUCGUUACUUCCACCCCACAGAGCGCGGCGCCUAUACAAACUGGUGCACAGUUACUAGUGCUCGACAGACAAACUAUGGCACAAGAAUAGAUUACAUUUUCGCAGACGUUGAACUUGUGAGGAAAGAGUUUGAAGAUUGCGUGAUAAGACCGGAUGUUGAUGGCUCUGACCACUGUCCUGUUGUUGCAACUUUAAAGACAAGUUUCCAAGGUGCGUCUAAAGCCCCUGCGCUUUGUACCAAAUACAUGCCUGAGUUUGCUGGAAAGCAACAGAAACUUAAAGAGUACUUUGCGAAGCACUCAGGGAAGACUAGAGCUUCAAGUCAACCCACUUCCGGAAAUAACGAAUCACAGGAAGUGAUGCCAUUGAAGCGUAGUGCUUCGUUUGGCGAUGAGAAAAACAAAGUAAAACGCCAAAAAACUGCUGGAACAAAAACAAAAGCUGUAAGCCAGCCGAAGACAAACUUGUUUAGCUUUUUUUCUAGACCAAGUAGUCAUGUUUCAUCUGAGAAAAAAGCUACGGAAACAAUCGAUCCUAGGAGUGGAUAUGAAGCCAGUCAUGAUCAUGCGUCUUGCACGUCAAAAGCUUCUGAACUACCUAAGAGCACACCUACUUUAGGAACUAACAGUGUGGCAAAUGUCGGUCAACCUAAAAAAUUUGCUGAUCAAGAGAUACAUUCUUCAGAGAGAUCGGUAUGUCGUCACACAGCCAAAGAUGAUUCAACUUCUGUUGACAGCAAUUCGCAAGCUGAGGGAAUAGUUCUCCCUAGCAGCAGAGAAAGCACGAGUAGCAAAGACUGUUCACAAAAACGGAAAGAUGAAGUGGCUCUAUGGAAGACUAUUCUAACGGGACCCCGCCCAGCACCCCUCUGCAGUGGGCACAAAGAACCAUGUGUUCUAAGAACUGUGAAGGUUAAAGGCCCUAAUCAGGGCAAACAGUUUUAUUGCUGCGCUAAGCCACAGGGACACAGUUCAAAUCCACAGGCGCGUUGUAAUUUCUUUAAGUGGGUAAAGUAG